UGAAAGCUCUGGCCUUUCAUAUAUAUAGUGUCCUGUACUUGUUCUUCUGCUUCAAUCAAGAUUUUUUAAAAUACAUUAAGAAUAACUGAACGAGCGGCGGCGUGCUUGUGGUAACGCUGUCUGCGGUCGAGGGCGCCUCCACCAAUGCGCAGGCGCAGUGCACAUUGCGCACUCUUGAAGAACAUGGCGGCCGUUUCAAAUGAGAAGGAGCGGGCUGAGCGCAUUUAUACACGCCUUCUGGCUGUUCCAUGUCCCGUUCUGGAAGGUGUGUGCAUGGAGGAGUCUGAGGACAUACUUCAGCUCCUCUGCACUCCAUCCCAGCUUCGUACCGACAUACUGACCUGGAUGUGCUGCAGGAUUGACCCAAACUUUGCCAGUUUGAAAGGAAAGGCAUCAAGAACCCAAGACCUUGAUAUUUUGACAAAUGGGAUGGCUGCACUUGGCCAGGAUCUGUUGCUGUGCAGAGUAGACAGCCUGGACUUAAUCAAGGGUGAAGCCAGUUGCCAGCAGCAGCUUCAGUUCCUGGAGAAACUUCUUGCUGAGGUCUCGGACUUCAGUAUGUCCACUGCGCACGAUAUGAAGAUGCAACUCAACGCACUCUUUGCUGACGAGAAUCUUCAUCUUGCGCAAAUGGUCACACCUUCGCUGGACCAUUGUUUUUCAAACGACACGGUUAUACACAAGGGUGCCAAAACGCCCAAGCCAAGAAGAGACAACUCUGAGAGCAUCGCCACCCUUCUACAGUCUACUCGCUCCAUGCUGGAGCAGCUACAGUCUGAGUGCAAGUUCGUGACAACAAAUGAGGCGCCAAAUGCCCGUCUCUUCACUUCCCGUGCGCUCCAUGUGACGGUGUGCGACCUCCAGCAGCUGAUGACCACUUUCUGCCACGUCUACGAGACACACCUGAGUGUUUUUUGUACGAGAGAGCCACCGAGCUUUAGUGCCGAUACACUGGUCUUCCAGAGCGUAUAUGAACGUUUGCAAGCUUGCUGCAUGGAGUUGGAAAUGCUGAAUGAAGCAUCGGACGCAUCAGCGUCUGUGAAGCAGGAAGUGAGCCAGCUGCAAAUAAAGCGUUGUUGCGCUAGCCAAGGAAAGGGCACUUUACAUGAUCACCUGGAAAAACUAACCAGAAGAAUCAAAGCGCUUCUCGCCCACCUUUGUGCGGCCAACAAUAGUUUAGCGUAGAUUAUUUUGAUCUCUUUAUUUGUACAGGGAAUUAUUAUUGUAUAGUUAUGUUGUUUUAAGCUUUCUUAGAAAAUAAAGGCUAUUAAAUAAACAGUGGACUGUGA